AUGAGGCCAAAAUCAGUCAUCGGUGAGGCUGGCUAUGUAAUGGAGGACGUACCUCAUCUCGGUGAUUAUUUACUUGAUCUCCCGACCUAUUCAAAUCCACUUCAAGACAAUCCCGCAUACUCUGCGGUCAAACAGUAUUUUGUGAAUGACGACGAUGCCGUGGUACAAAAGGUUGUGGUUCAUAAGAAUGAUCCAAAAGGUAUGCACUUCCGACGAGCCGGGUCUCGGCAAAAGGUGUUCUUUGAGUCGGAUGAGGUGCAUGCUUGCAUUGUGACUUGUGGAGGUUUGUGCCCUGGACUAAACACGGUCAUACGAGAAGUAGUGUGUGGACUAUACGACAUGUAUGGUGUUCGCAAAGUUCUUGGAAUCGUGGGUGGAUAUAAAGGCUUCUACUCGAGCAACACCAUUAACUUGACACCGAAGAGUGUCAAUGACAUCCACAAAAAAGGAGGUACUAUCCUUGGCACAUCGAGAGGUGGUCAUGAUACAUCAAAGAUAGUAAAUAGUAUCGAAGAUCGCGGAAUCAAUCAGGUUUACAUAAUAGGAGGCGAUGGAACUCAAAGAGGAGCUGCACUUAUCUAUGAGGAAAUUCAAAAACGCGGCCUGAAAGUUGCGGUAGCUGGCAUCCCCAAGACUAUCGACAAUGACAUUGCGGUUAUCGACAAGUCGUUUGGUUUUGACACUGCUGUCGAAGAGGCUCAACGAGCAAUAAAUGCCGCUCAUGUGGAAGCUGAAAGUGUCGAAAAUGGUAUUGGCCUUGUGAAGCUUAUGGGUCGCUAUAGUGGGUUCAUCGCUAUGUAUGCUACACUCGCAAGUAGAGAUGUGGAUUGUUGCUUGAUUCCGGAAUCAUCGUUCCACUUGGAAGGUAAGGGCCAACUACUAGAGUUCAUCGAGAAACGGCUCAAAGAGAACGGGCACAUGGUCAUUGUCGUCGCAGAGGGUGCAGGACAAGAACUGAUCGCGGAGAGCAUGCGAUCCAUCAGCCACAAAGAUGCCUCCGGCAACAAGCUACUUCUCGACAUUGGACUCUGGCUGUCGCACAAGAUAAAGGCUCACUUUAACAAAACGAAGGCGUCGAUAAACCUCAAAUACAUAGAUCCAACUUACAUGAUUCGAGCAGUACCGAGCAAUGCGUCGGACAAUGUUUACUGCACUUUGCUGGCUCAUAGUGCUGUUCAUGGAGCCAUGGCGGGCUACACUGGAUUCACCACUGGACCUGUCAAUGGAAGACAUGCUUACAUACCUUUCCAUAGGAUUACGGAGAUGCCAAACAAGGUGGUGAUAACCGAUCGAAUUUGGGCGAGGCUGUUGUCUUCCACGAAUCAACCCAGUUUUCUUAGCUCCACUGAUGUUGAGGCGAAGAGGGACGAGGACGAACCGCCGACGACGCAGCUGCUGGACGACGGCAAGGAUCGCUGCUCGACACCACCUCCUAAUGCCACACCCUGA